AAAAGAUGAGGGACCUUUAACAAAACAGCCCAGGCUCUGCUAUACCUGGAAAGCGUUUUUUCCGCCCCUAAAACCCCGCUCUUCUAUCCGGAUAACUAGCUUGUGCCAGUUGUGAUAAACCCUAAACCGUCUUUUUUUCUCCGAACUCUGUAUCUUCAGAAAUUUUCCGAGAAAACGAAAGAAAAAUAGUGCAGGUGGUACACAAUGAGGUCUUGUGGCUCUUGUCGAGAAAAGGUUCGUGCAUAUUAUGACGAAAAUGGCAUCGUGUCAUGUAGUCGCUGUGGGAAAGUUCUGGAGUUCAGUUAUCUUUCAUCUGAAGCCUCUUUUGUACAAACUAGGUCGGGGGAGAGUCAUGUGGCAGGUUCGUUUGUUAGGUCUGUUGAAAGCGAAAACGCUUCACGGGAGAGGUUGUAUGAAAGAGCACGUGAUGACAUGCUAAACAUAAAAAAUGGCUUAGGCAUGGGUGAAAAUCUUGGCAUAGUUAACCAAGCUAUGGUGUAUUACAGAAUAGCAGUUGAACGGAAUUUCACUAGGGGCCGUAGGACAGAUCAAGUACAGGCUGCUUGUCUUUACAUUGCAUGUCGGGAAAACAGAAAACCAUAUCUUCUUAUUGAUUUUUCUAUUUACUUGCAGAUAAAUAUUUAUGUACUAGGUGCUGUAUUUUUGCAGCUCUGCAAAGUUUUAAAUCUUACCGAGCAUGCCAUUUGUCAGAAACUUCAUGAUCCUUCCAUUUUCAUACACAAAUAUACAGCUAGUUUAUCAGGAGGAAAAAACAAGGAAAUUUCUGAUGAUGCACUGACCAUUAUAGCAAGUAUGAAUUACCAUUGGAUACAGACAGGUAGAACGCCCAGUGCAUUGUGGGGUGCAGCAUUAUAUAUAUCUGCACUUUCACAUGGCCUCAACUGCUCCAAAUCUGACAUCUUAAGGUUGGUGCAUGUUUGCGGGAAAACACUGUCAAAGAGAUUGGUUGAAUUUGAGAAUACAGAGUCUGGGAGCUUAACGAUUGAGGAACUGAAUGCAAAGGUGGAGGAACUGAAAGAAAGUUCAUUGCCACGAAGAAAUUUUGGGGAGCCAUCUAGUUCAAAAGAGUUGCUAUGUCAACACAAGGGUACAAAUAGACCUUCUUUUGGAUUUGGACUUUGUAAAGAUUGCUAUGCAAUUGUUAUAGGAUUUGAUGGAGGAACAGAUCCUCCAGCUUUCCAAAAUGCUGAGAGUCAAAGAAUGAAAAAAUCAUCUAUUAGACAUAACGUGAGUGACUCAAAUUUGUUUGCAAAAGAAUUGAACAGCCAAUGCGAGAGCAGAGAUGAAGAAAGGCCAACACGCGAGCGUGAAAGUGCUGGAGCUGCUACGGGGCAUUUAGCCAAUGAUUUUGAUAAACUGCACGGUGUGGGUGAUAUGAGUUCUAAAGCUUUUGACGAGUCAGAUGGCUUUUCUGAUAUUGAUGAUGCUGAGGUUGAUAGCUACCUGCAUAACGAGGAGGAAAAACGUUACAAAAAAAUCAUUUGGGAAGAAAUGAACCGAGAGUAUCUUCAGGAACAGGCAGCCAAAGAAGCAGCCGCAGCGACUCUUAAGAAAGCUUGGGAGGAGAAUUUCAAGAAUUGCCCAGAGGACUUGCAAGCUGCAAAGAAACUUGAUGCUGCAGUAAAAGCUGAUUUAGCAAAAUCUAAAAAGGAAAUUCAACAAAAGCGAGCUUCUGAAGCUAGGAACUUAGCUCCUGCUAAAUCUGCUGCAGAAGCUGUCCAUCGAAUGCUAACUAAGAAGAGACUCGGUUCGAAAAUCAACUAUGACGUGUUGGAGAAACUCUUUGAGGAUUCUGAGGCCAAGGACGCCAAGAAACCGCGAACAGAAUCACGUUCUGACUCUGCUGACAAGGUGCUCCAUACAGACGGCAAAGAUUGUCGAUUAGAUUAUACGAAUGAAAAUGAUGGUUUGGGGUCACUGGAUGAAAACGAAGACGAUGCUGUUGAAGAAACAUGUGAUUUUCUUUAUUAUGAAAAUUGUUCUGAUGAUGACUAUGGUAACAGUUUAUGGUAAAAGUUUUGGUGAUUGCUAAUCA